GCUGAACCCCAUGCUGCUGACAUUUGACAGUUUGAAUUCUGAUGACGGAUAGAAAAAGGUUAUAAACAGAAAAAGAGGAAAUAAUAGGCUGAUUUAGAUAAAUUAAUAAAUUGAGAGAUUCUAUUAAUAACGUAUAAGAUAAUUACUUUAGCCACUAUAGUAAAUAAUAACAAAUUUAUUAACGUAAGCACCCGGACAAAGAGAAACCGCAACGUGUACUAGGUUAGGCCGUUAGUGAAACAUGUUAGUACAAUAUUUAAAAUAACAUGACUGAAAGAAAAAUGUGCAAAUUUUACAAUUUGAAUGUACCGGAGCGACGAUCUGGCGAAGGCGGGGCGCAGAACCACAAUGAGGAUGACGAGCGAGCGUUGGAGGAGGCAAUCCCGCCAGUGGUACCCCCCAAUGAGCACAAACUUGAAUACAACUACUGGAUGUGGUUCUCGCGACGAGGCGCCGCCGCGCGCUCCGGCUACAGCCAGGCGCUCCGUCUGGUGGGUCGCGUGGGCAGCGUGGAGCAGUGGUGGGGCCUGUACGCGCACCUCGCGCGGCCGGCGGACCUGCCCCCGCUCUCCGACCUGCACCUCUUCAAACUGGGCAUCAAGCCCAUGUGGGAGGACCCGGCUAACGUCAACGGUGGCAAAUGGACGGUUCGGCUUCGCAAGACGCAGACGGGGCGCGCCUGGGAGGACCUCUGCAUGGCGAUGCUCGGCGAGCAGUUCAUGGUUGGCCGAGAAAUCUGUGGCGUCGUGCUAUCCGUGCGCUUCCAGGAGGACCACUUAGCCGUGUGGCACCGGACGGCGUCGGACCGCGAGGCGGCGACGCGCGUGCACGACACGCUGCGGCGCGUGCUGCAGCUGCCCCCCUCCGUGCCCCUCCAGUACAAGGAGCACCCCGCACCGCGCCCCGACGACGAGCGCUCGUAGCCCGCGCCCGCCCCUCGUGCCGUGCGUGUCCUGCAGGUACGUGUGUCCCUCUCCCACACCUACAGCUGCCCCCUCCGUGCCCCUCCAGUACAAGGAGCACCCCGCCCCGCGCCCCGACGACGAGCGCUCGUAGCCCGCGCCCGCCCCUCGUGCCGUGCGUGUCCUGCAGGUACGUGUGUCCCUCUCCCACACCUACAGCUGCCCCCUCCGUGCCCCUCCAGUACAAGGAGCACCCCGCCCCGCGCCCCGACGACGAGCGCUCGUAGCCCGCGCCCGCCCCUCGUGCCGUGCGUGUCCUGCAGGUACGUGUGUCCCUCUCCCACACCUACAGCUGCCCCCUCCGUGCCCCUCCAGUACAAGGAGCACCCCGCCCCGCGCCCCGACGACGAGCGCUCGUAGCCCGCGCCCGCCCCUCGUGCCGUGCGUGUCCUGCAGGUACGUGUGUCCCUCUCCCACACCUACAGCUGCCCCCUCCGUGCCCCUCCAGUACAAGGAGCACCCCGCCCCGCGCCCCGACGACGAGCGCUCGUAGCCCGCGCCCGCCCCUCGUGCCGUGC